AUGCCGGCUCUACACACCAGGUCUCCAGUACACCUUCACAACCCGGUGUGUCUUGUUCCUGCUUCUCGCACUCAUCCGGAGGUGCGUGUCCUCGGCCCAGUACCACCAGUGCCGGAACCACGCACCAGGCCUAUAGUGUGCCUCGACAGUCCAUCCAGGGCGUCCGGCUACGGUACCCAGUCCAGGGCGUCCGACGACGGUACCCAGUCCAGAGCGUUCGGCGACGGUACCCAGUCCAGAGCGUUCGGCGACGGUACCCAGUCCAGGGCGUCCGGCGACGGUACCCAGUCCAGGGCGUCCGGCUACAGGACCCAGUCCAGGGCGUCUGGCUACGGUACCCAGUCCAGGGCGUCCGGCUACGGUACCCAGUCCAGGGCGUCCGGUGACGGUACCCAGUCCAGGGCGUCCGGCUACAGUACCCAGUUCAGAGUUCCGGCUACAGUACCCAGUCCAAAGCGUCCGGCUACCGUACCCAGUCCAGAGCGUCCGGCUACAGUACCCAGUCCAGAACGUCCGGCUACAGUACCCAGUCCAGAGCGUCCGGCUACCGUACCCAGUCCAGAGCUUCCGGCUACGUCCAGGGCGUCCGGCCACGGUACCCAGUCCAGGGCGUCCGGCGACGGUACUCAGUCCAGAGCGUUCCGCGACGGUACCCAGUCCAGGGCGUCCGGCGACGGUACCCAGUCCAGGGCGUCCGGCUACAGUACCCAGGCCAGGGCGUCCGGCUACAGUACCCAGUCCAGGGCGUCCGGCUACAGUACCCAGUCCAGGGCGUCCGGCUACAGUACCCAGUCCAGGGCGUCCGGCUACAGUACCCAGGCCAGGGCAUCCGGCUACAGUACCCAGUCCAGGGCGGCCGGCUUCAGUACCCAGCCCAGGGCGUCCGGCUACAGUACCCAGCCCAGGGCGUCCGGCUACAGUACCCAGCCCAGGGCGUCCGGCUACAGUACCCAUUCCAGAACCGGAACCUCUUACGACGGGCCACAGACCGGAACCUCCUACGACGGGCCGCAGACAGGUAUCUCUUACGACGGGCCGCAGACCGGAACCUCUUACGACGGGCUGCAGACCGGAACCCCCUACGACGGGCCGCAGACUCCUUUGCCGUGCCGUUAA